UAAAAAAAGUGAAACAAAGUUGUGAUUAGAGUACCUGACUAUAUAUUAAAUGACUGAGAUAUUUGUUGAGAACAGUUAGCAUAAUAUGUUUCAACAAUUUCAUUAAUAUAUCAUUUUUUAAAUUAUGAUAUAUUUCCUAAAACUAAAUUUACUUCUGUUUAAUAAUUAGUUGUGAUUUCAAUGUGCUUUUUAUUCAAUAUUAAUAAUUAUUGAAUUUUAUAACAUUAAAGUGAUUUUAUUUUUAAAAAUAGUUUUAUAUAAUCAUAACUACCGGUCCUUUUUAUUUAUAACAUCAAAUCAUAUUAAAAGAAAAUAUGUUUCUCAAGAUAAUCUCCUCAAACAAUUUGUCUGAGUUGUCCGAGUCAUCUACCGGUGCCGAACGAGUGACAGCACACGGAGGUAUGAUUGGACUGUUUGGCCGAUUUGUGGAAGCGGUGGACGAAAUGAAUAAAAUAGUUUUGAUUCCGUCCCGACUCCAGGACAUCGAGUGUACGACCAAUGAGAACGUUCCCCAUAUUAUGGAUACGUAUGACAUUCAUGAGGUCUACAAACUAUUGAACGCUUUUCGCAACCAAAUAGUCCACAGCAGUCAAGAGCAACAACAACAACACCCGUCCAAUGGCCACAACACGCCUAACGGCAUCAGUACACCAAAAAUGGCCAAACAUUUGUCACUCAAUCUUAAUAAAACACGAGAUAUACUAAAAGAGUUGGACAAUGGCUACUACUCGGACAUCAGUCCGACAACAACAACGUCAGCGGCUAAACGAAAAAUCUCGCAAAUAUCACACUUUUCGGUAAACUCUUUGCCGUCCGAUGAUGAGUCCACGUCGACACCCGAAUUGGUAACCGAUAUGUCCGAUAUGGCCGUAACUUUCUACUAUCAUCUCAAUGGUUUAAAUCAAGUGAUGGGAAAACUUAUUGAUACCCCAAAAUUUAUUGCCAACAAAUAUGAACAAAAUCUUUAAUAACUAAUUUAUUUA